AUGGAUGAAACUUCUCUCGACGAGAUCGACUUCAUCGACAAGCAGGUCGAUGAAAUACACAAGGCGUUCCAAAAGGAGCAUUCCUACCUUGAAGUUACCUGGCCUUCGGGUCAGAACUCCCAUCCAUAUGUUAGCGACAAUUGCUACGACCUCGAGAUGAGCGUGGUCAUCGAAAUCAGACGACGUCUGUGCAAGUUUCGGGCCGCGUUCGCAAGGCUGCACGCAGCGCGUGCAGCAUCACCAUCACGACAAGGGCCGUCAAAGCUCCCUGAAUUGACGCUUCCCACUUUCGCGGGUCGCUAUGAAGCGUGGCCUGCGUUUUGCGAGCUUUUCAAAUCAAUAAUCAUCGAUAAUCACCGAUUAUCUGAUGUGGAGAGGCUGCAUUACUUGAGGUCGAGCCUCCAAGGGGAGUCGCUACGCGCCAUCUCCAACCUGCCGGCGACAGGAGAAUCCUUCCCAAUUGCUUGGAAGAAUUUAAAGCUACGCUUUGAGAACAAGAGAAUCAUCGUACAAUCUCUGCUUGACAAGCUCAGUGCGACAUCACCAGUGCAACAGAAGAGCGCAAUGGUUCUCCACAACGUGGCGGCCAAUUUGCGCGAUUUUAACACCUCGUUGCGCGCUCUUGCUUCAACCGACGAGUUGUGGAAUUGCACACUCAUCCAUCACAUCUCUCGUAGUCUUGACAAGACUACGCGAGAGGCUUGGGAAACCAGCCUAGGAAACUCUGAAGAAUUUCCGAAGCCAGAGCAACUGGAGGCGUUCCUGACGACCAAGGCACGGGCUCUAGAAAGGGUUGAAACGCCAACGGCCAACAAUCAGCCUGCUCAACCUCAGGCAAAGGCGAAACCAACAGGUCAACGACCUGCCUUGACAACACAGGCUAACACCAUCACAAGAGCAGCCGCACACGCCUAUCCGUGCGACUGUUGUCAGGCCGACCACUUCAUUGUGUCAUGCACAAAGUUCAGGUCGAUGCCUGUACCAGAAAGACGAAGUCUAGUGGACAAACUGUCUCUGUGCAGAAAUUGUUGCGGCCGUCACACCACUGCGAAUUGCAAGUCUGAACACCGUUGCAAACAGUGUGGACGGCCUCAUCACACAAUUCUACACCUGGCUGCAACGCAGCCACAGACCACAGCCAAGCCUGCGGCAACACAAGAGAAUCCGACAACGUCUACAACCGCCAACACAAACGAUCAACGAUCAAGCUCGCUUGCGACGCAAGCCGAGCUAACGCUGUUAGCAACAGCACAUGCACAAGUCAUCACCUCAUCCACGACCUACAACGCAAGGCUGCUCGUCGACUCCGGAUCGGAGCUCAGUUUCGUUUCUGAAGAUCUCGUCGAACAGCUAGGACUUCAACGCACUCAAUCUUCAAUCUCCAUCACUGGCAUUGGUGGCAAGAAAUCAACACAAACUCGAGGUAUUGUAUCACUACAUUUACAAUCUCUUUACAAUACCUCAUCGAUCUCAAUACAAACUCAUGUGUUGCGCACUCUAACCACAAUUUUGCCGUCUUCUGAGGCACCCCAGCAAGACUGGCCACAUCUCAAUCGUCUCAAGUUGGCAGAUCCUGAGUUUUACAAACCACGACCCAUUGACGUCAUCAUCGGUGCCGACAAUUAUGGACGAAUUAUAAAAUCAAAUGUAAUUAAAGGUUCGCCAUCAAUGCCAGUCGCCCAGCUCUCAAUAUUCGGAUGGCUCGUUAUUGGACCAGCAAGGAGGCGUCAAGCUCGUGCUUAUUCAUCAUUUAAUGCAUCAAUCUCUCAAGACAGCGACGCUGCUCUGAGAGAACUGCUGACGAAAUUCUGGAUUCAAGAGGAGCUUCCAACGGAAAACACAUCUCAACUCACACCGGACGAACAAGAGUGUGAAGAUCACUUUCGUGCAACGCACAGCCGUGAUUCUACUGGGCGAUACGUGGUGCGUAUUCCUCUCAAAACUAAAGUCUUGGGUACCUCUUACAGCACAGCUCGCUCCUGCCUGCGACGCACGCUCAGCAAGCUCACUCGAAAUCCUGAGUACCGUGAGCAAUAUCAGCGGUUCAUGAUGGAGUACGAGGACCUCGGUCACAUGAAGAAGGCUUCUUCAAUCUCGCCCAACGACUCUUCAAUUUACUAUCUUCCACAUCACGGAGUUUUCAAGCCUGACAGUGAAACAACAAAGCUGCGGGUCGUCUUCAAUGGCUCAAGUCCAACAACAACUGGACUUUCUGUCAACGACAUCAUGCACACUGGUGCGAAUCUCCUGCUGAAUAUCAACGACGUUUUGCUGUGGAUUAGCCAUCACAAAUGCAUAUUCGCCACGGACAUCACAAAGAUGUAUCGUCAAGUACGAGUACAUGAAGACGAUUGGAAUCUCCAACGGAUACUCUGGAUAGAUGAGGAAUCAAAUGAAGUCCCAUACACACUGACAACAGUCACCUACGGUACCAAAGCUGCACCAUUUCUUGCUGUCAGAGCCCUGUUGCAACUUGCAGAGGACGAGGGUCAACGUUACCCACUGGCAGUACCAUCAAUCAAAUAUGCAAGGUAUGUCGACGACAUAUUUGGUGGUGCAGAUUCUCUUGAUUCGUUAAUUGAAAUUGCUUCACAAUUAACUGACUUGUGCAACGCGGGCGGUUUCCCUCUUGCAAAGUGGCACUCAAACGAAGCCUCUCUGCUUGAAACCAUCGUGUCUUGCAAUAAUUCUCAAGGUACAUCAAUCUCACUAGACGACUGCAAUACCAAAAUACUCGGAUUGCGAUGGAACACUGUCAACGAUAGUUUCACAUUCACUACUAAAUCUCACCACAAUCUCAAUUUUACAAAACGCCUUGUAUUAUCUGAAGUAGCACAGAUAUUUGAUCCGCUUGGCUUUUUGUCACCAGUCAUUAUUCGAGCGAAGGUACUCCUGCAAGAAUUAUGGCUUCUCAAUCUCAAAUGGGAUGAUCCACUGCCAUCCCAUGUUACUAUACGAUGGAUUGCGAUCAGAGAAGAUCUCACAAGUCUGGCCAGACUCUCAAUACCAAGGUGGUUCAACACCUACAACAAUUCUACAGUGGAAUUACACGGCUUCUCUGACGCUUCACAACUCGCCAUGGCAGCAGUAAUUUACAUUACUGUUUUUUCGCCGUCCACAGAUCUCAAGGUGACGUCACUGGUGUGCUCCAAGACAAAGGUCGCACCUCUCAAAAAACUUACAAUUCCCCGACUCGAGCUCACAGCUGCGCUGAUACUUGCAAAAUUACUGAAAUACGUUCAAGCUAAUCUCAAACUCAACAUUGCUACAAUUCACCUGUGGACGGAUUCUCAAGUAACACUUACAUGGAUCAAAUCUCACGCAUCACGAUGGAAAGAUUACGUCAGGAAUCGUGUAACACAAAUUCAAGAACUAACGCAAACUGCAAUUUGGAUGCACGUUCCUGGCACAUCAAAUCCUGCUGAUUGCGCUUCAAGAGGAUUGACUACAACUCAGCUUGAACAACACGAGCUAUGGUGGAGGGGACCACCGUGGCUUUUACAAUCUCAAGAAUCAUGGCCUGUACAACGCAAUGCAUCUGACGACACUUGCCUGCAGGAGUGUCGUCCAGGAAUCUCGCACGUGUUAACGUGCCAAAAAAUCGAUUAUCACUGGGACUUGAUUCACAAAUAUUCAUCUUUGCAAAAACUUUUUCAUGUUACCUCAGUUUGUUACAGGUUCAUCUCCAAACUGAGAAGGACAACUGCUUCAACGAGGCUCUCGAACACACCAGCUGAUUUGGAAAGGGCCAAAAUCUUCUGGAUCAAGGCCACACAAUCAGCAUACUUCUCACACGAGCUCAAGAUGAUGGUCAACAACCAAACGCUACCAUCGUCCCACGCCUUCAAUCGACUCACGGCCUUCAUCGACAAUCAAGGGGUUAUUCGAGUUGGAGGAAGACUCAGCAACGCUCAGUUAACCUACGAAGUUCAUUUGGAAUUGGUCACCGACUAUUCAACGGAUGGAUUCGUUGCUACGUACCGACGGUUCGCUGCAAGAAGAGGCAUUCCACAUACAAUCUACUCCGACUGCGGAACGAACUUCAUCGGAGCAGAUUCAGCAUUGAAAUCAAUGUUCGUCGAGGGCACUCAAGACAAUCAACGAUUGGCCAAGCUGUUCGUCAACGACCACACAACUUGGAGUUUCAAUCCACCUGCUGCACCGCACAUGGAAGGAAAGUGGGAGGCAGUGGUCAAGUCCGUCAAAUAUCACCUCAGACGCCAACAUCUCACCGAGAGCCAGGUGGCAUCUCAUACAACAGAAGUUACAACAGUUCUGGAAGCGCUGCACAUCUCAACACCUACAACGGAUGCAAUCAAUCUUGAAGUGGCAUCACCCUUCCAACAACAUCCACGUUGGAUCUCUGGUGCUGCUUACAGACGAGCGCUUCCCACCAUGCAAGUGGCCUCUUGCUCGAGUGCUCGCAGUUCACCCUGGACCAGAUGGACUGACGAGGGUCGUCACGAUCAAGACGGCCACCUCAACUCUAACGCGGCCAGUUGCAAAAUUGGCACUACUUCCAGUUGCAGAGCAGAACACAUCACCAUCUUCUACGAGCUGCUGAUGGCGGGCGGAAUGUUCGAAAAUGCAUUAAUGUAA